UGCCACCUACUCAGUUAUCCUCCUAUAAAGAUCUUUCACUUUUAUUUCUCUCUGUAAAACCAUGGCUUCCCUUACCCUUAUCUCUCUCCCUUUGCUUUUACUCCUUUUCUUAAGCUUUGCUUAUUCAUCACCACUACCCAACAACGCCUCGGCAUCGCUACUGUACAAUGUCUCCACUAUUUCCACUGUGAAGCUUGUGAAUGUGAUCGACUCUUGCUGGCGAACCAUUAACUGGGCUACCAAUCGAGAAGCAUUGGCUGAUUGUUCGGUUGGCUUCGGGAAAGCAUCGAUAGGUGGGAAAUAUGGACCGAUAUAUCUAGUUACCACCCCUUACGAUGACCCCGUCAACCCUACACCUGGCACGCUUCGUUUCGGUGUCAUUCAAUCGAGUCCACUUUGGAUCAUUUUCGCUACUGAUAUGGUUAUCACGCUCAAAAAUGAACUUAUAGUCAAUAGUUUCAAGACCAUUGAUGGAAGAGGAGCUAACGUGGAGAUUGCAUAUGGACCCUGCAUAACCAUUCACGGCGUUACUGAUGUUAUCAUACAUGGGAUUAGCAUACAUGACUGCAAGCCCGGGGUGGCUGGUUUAGUUCGGAGCUCCCCGACAUAUGUAGGGAAACGCGGGGGCAGUGACGGAGAUGCUGUUAGCAUUUUUUCUUCUUCCAACAUUUGGAUCGAUCAUUGCUAUCUUGCUCGUUCUGCGGAUGGUCUUAUCGAUGUCAUUCAUGCUUCGACGGAUGUCACGAUCUCUAAUAACUAUUUCGCUCAACAUGAUAAAGUUAUGCUGUUAGGCCACAGCGACGACUUCGCUGCUGAUGAAGUUAUGAAAGUUACGUUAGUUUUCAACCGGUUUGGAGAGGGACUUAUAGAGAGGAUGCCAAGGGUCCGGAUAGGCUACGCUCAUGUUGCCAACAACCGAUAUGAUGAAUGGAAGAUGUAUGCCAUUGGCGGCAGCGCUAAUCCAACCAUUUUCAGCGAAGGAAACUACUUCAUAGCUCCCGAUGAUCCAGGGUCCAAAGAGGUUACCAAGAGAGAAACAAAUAAUUGGGAAACUUGGAGAUGGCAGAGUUCAAAAGAUGUGUUUAUAAAUGGUGCUUAUUUCGUUCCAUCGGGCCAUGGAAGUUCCGAUCCUCUUUACACCAUGACUCAAUCCUUCAUUGUUGCUCCAGGAUACAUGGUCCCUGAUUUAACAGCCGAUGCUGGUCCUUUACAUUGUCUUCUUGACAGACCAUGCAUGCUAUAAAAGACCGAAGAACUUAUUACAUAUCUUCUUUAUUUCUCGAUUCAAUUCAACUCAACUUUUGCUUACCAAAGAUAUUAUUUAUGGUACAAAAAUAGUUUAAUUUGAACUGAAUUGUUCAGUUAAAAAGAACCAAAUAAAGAAAGGUAUGCUUAGUUAAGAAGAAAAGAAUAAAGUUUGAGCUUGAUUUUCAC